CUAGCAUCUUCCGAUUACGUAACGCUGAGUUACGCCGCCUCUGCGCAUCACUCCAACAUGGUGGCUGCGUGACGCGUCACGGCGCUUACGUAACGCCGUGACGCCACGGUCUCGCGCGAUGAGACUUGUAGCGUCGCGAUUUUCUGUAAGACAGGAAGCAAGGAGAGAGGAAUUAGAGAUGUAUGGACUUAUUUUGCCCAAGAAACUUUUGCAGAAAAAUGUUGCUGGGCCAAAACAUUCAGCUUUCGCAGAUGAUUCUGAUGAAGAGACAUCUGUCGGAGAGAGCCUGCAGAAGGAAUCCUUAAAGAAACGUGUAAUGAAGCAGACCAAGCUUGAGAUCCAGAAAGCUCUGGAAGAAGACUCCACGGUGUAUGAGUAUGACAAUGUGUAUGAUGAUAUGCAGAAGAAGAAGGAGGAGGAAAAUGAAGCCAAACUUAUGGCAUCGAAGGAAAGAAAGCCCAAAUACAUCCAAAACCUGUUGAAGGCAGUGGAAGUUAGGAAGAAAGAGCAGGAGAAAAGAAUGGAAAAGAAAAUCCAGAAAGAACGGGAGAUGGAAGGGGAAGAGUUUCAGGAUAAGGAGGCAUUUGUUACAUCUGCGUACAAAAAAAGGUUGCAAGAAAAGGCAGAUGAAGAAGAGAGGGAAAGGAGGGAAGCUGCCUUGGAGGCAUCCCUAGAUGUCACCAAACAAAAGGAUCUCAGCGGCUUUUAUAGGCACCUUUUAAAUCAAACUGUGGGUGAGGAGGACAUGCCUGAAUGCAGCCUGCGUGAUGCUGGAAUGAAGGAGCAGACAAGCGGUAAUUCUGAUGAGCCCAGGCGAGAAAUGUGCAAUGAUGAAAAGAAGAUCUCAGGAGGCAGCGCAAAUAUGGAGGAUAAUAUAGAUGCUGAUAGUGAUUUGGGGAGUGAGUCAAGUGAGGAAGAGGCUUCAUCUGAGAAGAAAAAAGAGGCUACACCUGAGAAGAAAAAAGAGGCUACACCUGAGAAGAAAAAAGAGGCUACACCUGAAAAGAAGAAAGAGGCUUCAAAAAGCAAGGCAGACCACAAAAAGGAAUAUAACUCAAAAAAACAGUACAGACAAAGGCAUUCAAGUUCAUCCAGUGAGGAAAUGGAUGGCCAUAAACAUCAAAAGAAAAAAGAGAAAGAGCCUAGUAAUGAAAGUCGGUCAGAGAGAGACAGGUAUCAGAAAGAACAGGACUAUUACCCAAGAGAGAAGAAGGGAGAACAUGAAGAAAGGCACAGGCAUAGGGAACACAAAGACCGACACAGAAAUAGAGAUGAACAGGAUCACAGGGUCAGGGAUAGAGAUAGAAAAGAAACAGAAAACAGUUACAGAGAGUCACGUAGAGGGGACUAUGUGGACAAACACAGACAAAGGCACGAGAAAGAUGAUCGUUACGGUGAACAUGAAAGGGAUAGAGGAAAGAAUUACAAAGAUGCUGAGGAUGAAGGAAGGAGAAGAGAUCGAACAGAAAAGCACAGAGAGGAAAGAAGUGACCGACAAGAUAAAGACAAGAAACAGAAAGACAAGGAGAAGAGAAGCCCAUCAGUGUCAGACAGACGUGCAAAGGAGCACAGUGAGAGACAAGAGCCUAAACGUAAAGAUGAGGAGGAGACCCCGAAAGAAGAUUCCUCUUCAAGUACCAGCAAGUUUGCAAAGCGCAGCAAUGUGGAAACCGUGGUUUCUGCCAGAGAUCGCUAUCUUGCCAGACAGAUGUCACGGGCUGGUACCAAGGCCCAUGUAGAGAAAGAGGAGGACUAGCUAUUUACUCAUCAUACUUGACAUGAAUGAGGUUUUGGGUGUUAUUGCUAAAUUGGGAACUCCGCUGUUCAUUUGGCUGGACUAGACAUAGAUAAAGUGGAUUUUUGAGAUUUAAAUUACUGGUAUAUGUGUUAUAAUUCAAAUCUCAAUGUUCUGCUCAGAAAGCUCUUCAGGAACAACUUUGUUCCAGUCAUUGAAUGUUCUAGAGAGUGGAAGGGAGGAGAUUUGGUUUGCCUUUAAAUGCAUUUGCUGUGUUUGUUAUGAUGGGCAUAAUCGUGUAUAAGAUGCAUUUCUGCAUAAAGACGCCUGGCAUCAAGAAGGAGAAGCUGAUAAUCAAAGUGUGGAAUUAGAGUUUGCCACAAUGAAAUCCCGCCACACACUAUUCAUUCCUAUGGGAUUUAGAAGCGUAUUUAUCAAUGGGUGAAAGAGUUCACUAUUUGAUAAAAACACCUCUAAAAAUCACAAUAGGAAUGAAUGUGUGGCAGAAUUCACACUUUGAUAAAUCUUUACCUAAAUAUUGUCUCUUGCUAAGUUUUUUCUUUCUUGUUUUGUAAAACUGAUAAAUGAUCAUAAACAGGUAUGUGUUAAAAAUUGAAA